AUGGAAGAAGAGUUGCAGCUUAAUCUUUCGUCUAAUAUCAUAGAAGGUCUCACUGUCGUUGGGAAUGAAGAAAUGUUUGCUGUUUCUGAUGAAUUUUUCUCACUAUCAACAAAAGGUUAUGAAAAUCGAGAUGACCUCAUUAGAGAUGUUCGUAAUCUUGGGGUUGUGCAAGGGUAUGCUCUGGAAGAAAGAAAGAAGGGGUGUGGAAGAAAUGUAUAUGGCAUGACAGCUCAAUUUAUGAGGGAGAACCUAGGUGGGCGUUCAGUUAUUCAAGCAUUAUUGGAUGAGCUUGGCGGGGCUGGUUUUUAUCAUAAUGUCAAGUAUGAUCACCAUGGUCAUUUGACUCAUCUAUUCUUUGCUCAUCCCACUUCCAUUGAGUUGACUAAAAGCUACUCUAAUGUCUUUGUGAUGGAUUAUACUUAUAAAACAAAUAAAUAUAAGAUGCCAUUAUUUGAGAUUAUAGGAGUGUCGAGCUUCAACAAAUCAUUUUAUUCAUGCUUUGUUUUCAUGCAAAAAGAGGAACAAGAGGAUUAUGAGUGGGCUCUUGAGAUGUUUAGUAAGUUGUUGGGUUUUGGUGAUCAUCUGUUGGCCAUUAUUACUGAUAGGGAGUUGGCACUAAUGAAAGCAAUAGAAGUUGUGUUCCCGAUGACUCCUAACCUUUUGUGCAUAUGGCAUAUUGAGAAAAAUAUUGUUGCACAUUAUAAAACUUGGAAUCGUUUUCAAAUUGAAUACAAAGAUUAUGCUAAAGUUCUGACUUAUAUUGAAAAAACUUGGCUUCCAUGGAAAGAAAAGUUUAUAGUUGCAUGGACAGGGCAGAUUUCCUAUUUUGGUAAUAGUGUUACUUCUAGGGCAGAAGGUGCACAUGCAACCUUAAAGAGAUAUCUUCAAGUUUCAACGGGUGGUCUUCGUGAAGUGAAGGAAAAUAUUUGUCUUGCUAUUGAAAACCAAUUUCCAGAAAUUAAAACUCAAUUUGCAAGUGAAAAGAUUCGUGUUCCUCAAAAGCUUUGCAUCCUCUUCUUUAAAGAGACAAUGAAUAAGGUAUCAUUCCAUGCUUUGUAUGAGCUACUAAAACAAUAUUUGCUGGCAAAUACCAAAGACUAUUCAUCUCAAUGGAAAGGCCAAUUUUUCAAAACCAUGGUUCUUCCUUGUGUGCACAUGAUCAAGGAGAUGAAUAUUGAAGUGUGUUCUCUAAAUCAGAUUCAUAUGCAGUGGAGGAUUGACACAAGAUCUUUCACUAAUGAUCAACAUGCAAGCUUGGAUCAUGAAGAUCCUUUCACUAGUCUCUUGUCUGAGAUUAAAGAGAAAUAUGAAAAGCAGCCGCUAAUGCAAAAAGAGAAUACCAUAAGGCAGCUUUCUCAUAUUCUUGGUGCAUCUUGCCCCUUGCUUUUUGAACCUAUUAUUCAGCCUCAUAAAGGUCGUCCGGUAGAAUCAACUAAUAGAAAGGAAACUUGUUCUACAAAGAGGGAACCCUCAUACUUUGAGGUAGUGGAUAAGACACCUCGGAAAUGUAGUGGUUGCGGUAAUCCUGGCCAUUAUCGUAACAAGUGUCCAUCAAUCAACAAGUCUACUACACCAUAUGUGAGGAAUAAUGCUUAG